AUGUGCGCUGUAAAACCUUAUCACCGUUCCUUUAUCAGUGGGAGCGGCUUGGCGCGGCGUAAGGCGGGCCGCGCCAUGGGUAACAAGUGCUGCAGCCGCCGUAAUGCGCCAGAUAGACCUUUGGUUCCAGUGUACCCCAGCACAUAUAAGAACGAGGCGGGUUUCACAGCAUGUCCGACUUCAUUGGAGACACGCUACACGGGCGAGCCGAACACACGUGUAUUGUCCCGGCAAGCAGCAGAUAUUGUGCGCAUGCGCAACCCAGGCAAAUGUACAACGAACGGCGGUCGUCGCGUAGUAAAAGCACUAUGCGCUUACACAGCGAGAGCAGACUCGGACAUUUCGUUCCGCAAGGGCGACCGCAUGGAGGUGCUCAGCGACGUGGAACCAGACUGGUGGCGAGUGCUACAUUUGACAACGAGGAGAGAAGGACUGGUGCCCGUCAAUUUUGUCGCCGAAGAAAGCUCGGUGGAGUGUGAAGAUUGGUUCUUUCCGCACGUCUCAAGAAAAGAAGCAGACAAACUACUGCUAGCUGAUAGCAAUCCCCGAGGAACGUUUCUAGUCAGGCCUGCAGAACACAAUCCUCAUGGCUUCAGCCUUAGUGUGAAAGAUUGGGAGGAGGGAAGAGGCUACCAUGUGAAGCAUUACAAGAUUAAACCGCUGGAUAAUGGAGGGUUCUAUAUCGCGACCAAUCAGACCUUCCCCAGCUUACCUGCUCUCGUGAUGUCGUAUACGAAAAACGCGUUAGGUCUGUGCCACGUGUUAGCGCGGCCUUGCCCAAAGCCUGAGCCGCAGAUGUGGGACCUGGGACCAGAGCUCAGGGAUCAGUGGGAGAUCCCAAGGUCUGAAAUACAGCUGAUACGAAAACUCGGACAGGGGAACUUCGGAGAAGUGUAUUAUGGCAAAUGGCGGAACAAUAUCGAGGUCGCUGUGAAAACUCUAAGGGAAGGCACCAUGUCAACCCAAGCGUUCCUCCAAGAGGCAGCCAUUAUGAAAAAGUUCCGCCACAAACGUCUCGUAGCCUUGUACGCGGUUUGUUCACACCAGGAACCUGUAUACAUCGUCCAAGAAUACAUGAGCAAAGGAUCCUUGUUAGAAUUUCUCAGAAAUGGUGAAGGGAAAUUCCUACAAUUCGAGGAUCUUGUCUAUAUCGCAGCUCAAGUAGCGUCCGGCAUGGAGUACUUAGAAUCUAAAAUGUUGAUACACAGAGACUUAGCAGCUAGAAACGUUUUAAUAGGUGAAAAUAACGUAGCGAAAAUAUGCGAUUUCGGACUCGCGAGGGUCAUCGAGGACAACGAAUACUGCCCGAAACAAGGCUCACGGUUCCCUGUUAAAUGGACCGCACCCGAAGCUAUUAUAUACGGAAAGUUCUCGAUCAAGAGCGACGUAUGGUCCUACGGCAUUUUGUUAAUGGAAUUAUUCACAUACGGACAGAUACCUUAUCCAGGACUUCACGGUAAAGACGUAAUCGAGCAAGUCGAAAGAGGAUACCGAAUGCCGAAGCCAGUAGGACAUUGUCUACCUGACGACAUCUACAGGCUCAUGCUCCAAUGCUGGGACGCGAUACCAGAGAAAAGACCAACGUUUGACUUCCUGAACCACUAUUUCGAAUCGUUCACAGUGACCAGUGAGAUACCUUACAGAGAAGUGCAAGACUAG